AUGUCGAUGGCUCAUUUGCGUUCUGUGAGCUCUCGUGGAGAUGGAGGGUGGAACAGGAAAGAUGCUCCGCUAAUAUGCCAUUGUGGAGAGAAGAUUGUGUUGAGGACUGCGAAAACGACUAAGAAUCGAGGGAAACAGUUCUGGAGUUGCCCUAGGUAUAAGAUUGGGAGUGAAAAUGGUGGAUGCAACUUCUUCAGAUGGUGUACUGAUUGGGGAAUUGAAGAAAGUGUUAGCUGUGAGGUGUUGGAAGCAAAUGAUGAAAGGUUGCUAAAGACUUUUGAAAACCAAGGUGUUAAGCAGAUCUUUGAUGUGCAGAAAACUGUGAUGGGUCUUCAAAGUUGGAUGAAAUAUUUGGUUGGGGUUGUUAGUGUUGUAUUUAUAAUGAACAUGAUUAUAAUUGCAAUGCUGAUGGGAAGGGCUUGA